AUGUCUUCUCGACCAGAUCUUAAGGUCGACGAUGAAGUCGGAUUCAUCCGCUUCUACAAGUCCCUCCCUGAAUCCGACGACAAUGAAACCCUCCGUAUUUUCGAUCGCGGUGACUGGUACUCAGCCCACGGUUCCAAUGCCGAAUUCAUCGCUCGCACCGUCUACAAAACCACCUCCGUCCUCCGAAACCUUGGCCGCAGCGAGAGUAGCGGUCUAGCCUCUGUCACCAUGACAGUAACUGUAUUCCGGAAUUUCCUCCGUGAAGCCCUCUUCCAGCUGAACAAGCGUAUCGAGAUCUGGGUUUCUGGUGGUACAGGCAAGGGGAACUGGAAAUUAGCCAAGCAAGCCAGUCCAGGUAACCUACAAGAUGUUGAAGAGGAGCUCGGUAGCGUAGGCGCAUUGUCUAUGGAUUCCUCUCCAAUCAUCCUCGCCGUGAAGAUCUCAGCUCGAGCUUCUGAAGCCCGAAACGUUGGAGUGUGUUUCGCCGAUGCGAGCGUUCGGGAGCUUGGUGUUAGCGAAUUCCUCGAUAACGACGUCUACUCAAACUUCGAGUCCCUGGUUAUCCAACUCGGCGUGAAAGAAUGUCUCGUUGUGAUGGAUUCCACCAAGAAAGAUGUUGAGCUCGGCAAGAUCCGCGCUAUUGCUGAUAGCUGUGGUAUUGCGAUCUCUGAGCGACCGGCCUCUGAUUUCGGCACGGAACUCAAGCUGGCUAUGGGCUCUGCCUCUGCUUUGAUUAAGUAUCUGGGUGUCAUGUCUGAUGCGACUAACUUUGGCCAGUAUCAGCUCUACCAGCAUGAUUUAUCGCAGUACAUGAAACUUGAUGCUUCUGCGUUAAGAGCUUUGAACCUGAUGCCUGGGCCUCGUGAUGGAUCUAAGAGUAUGAGUCUGUUUGGUUUGCUUAAUCACUGCAAAACUCCUGUUGGAAGUCGUCUGUUGGCUCAGUGGCUUAAGCAGCCGCUGAUGGACCUUGCGGCUAUUGAGCAACGUCAACAGCUUGUUGAAGCCUUUGUUGUUAACACGGAGUUGCGACAGACUAUGCAAGAGGAGCACCUCCGUGCCAUUCCAGAUCUCUACCGCUUGGCCAAGCGAUUCCAGAAGAAGCAGGCUAAUCUGGAAGAUGUUGUGAGAGUUUAUCAAGUUGCCAUUCGUCUGCCCGGAUUUGUGCAUGCACUGGAAGAUGUAAUGGAUGAGGCGUAUCAGGCGCCAUUGGAGAAAGAGUACACUACAAAGAUCCGAGGUUACUCAGACAACCUCUCCAGAUUGGAGGACAUGGUUGAAACCACAGUUGACCUGGAUGCUCUCGAGAACCACGAAUUCAUCAUCAAGCCCGAAUUCGAUGACAGUCUCAGGGUUAUUCGGAAGAAGCUUGACAAGCUGCGCUACGAUAUGGAUAUGGAGCACCGCCAUGUCGCCGACGACUUGAAUCAGGAUAUGGAGAAGAAGCUAUUCUUGGAGAACCACCGAGUACAUGGCUGGUGUUUCCGUGUGACUCGUGCUGAAGCCGGCUGUAUCCGUAACAAGAAGGGCUACCAAGAAUGCUCUACCCAGAAGAACGGUGUUUACUUCACUACCUCUACUAUGCAGGCCCUGCGUCGUGAGCACGACCAAUUGUCCUCCAACUACAACCGUACCCAGACAGGACUCGUCAGCGAAGUUGUCAAUGUCGCUGCCUCAUACUGCCCUGUUCUGGAGCAGCUUGCGGGUGUACUGGCUCAUCUCGAUGUUAUUGUGAGCUUUGCUCAUGCCUCUGUUCAUGCCCCCGCUGGCUACGUCCGUCCUAAAAUGCACCCUCGUGGUACAGGUAACACUGUGCUCAAGGAAGCCCGUCACCCAUGCAUGGAAAUGCAAGACGACAUCUCAUUCAUUACCAACGAUGUCUCCUUAAUUCGUGACGAAUCUUCCUUCCUCGUUAUCACUGGCCCUAACAUGGGUGGUAAAUCCACAUACAUUCGACAGAUCGGUGUGAUCGCGCUCAUGGCACAGACUGGUUGCUUUGUGCCAUGUACUGAGGCCGAGCUAACAAUCUUCGAUUGCAUUCUGGCCCGUGUAGGUGCCAGUGACUCCCAGCUUAAGGGUGUCUCCACAUUCAUGGCAGAGAUGUUGGAAACGGCAAACAUCCUCAAAUCCGCUACAUCCGAGUCCCUUAUCAUCAUCGACGAGCUUGGUCGUGGAACCAGCACUUACGAUGGAUUCGGCCUGGCAUGGGCUAUCUCAGAGCAUAUCAUCACCGAGAUCCGAUGCUUCGGCAUGUUCGCAACUCACUUCCACGAGUUAACCGCGUUGUCAGACCGAUACCCGAAAUCAGUUAAGAACCUGCACGUCGUUGCAUUCAUUGGGGAUGGAACAGACGCCGACGGUGAUUCUGAGACCGACGCGCAGAAGAAGCGCCAGGUUACUCUGCUUUACCGUGUGGAGCCUGGUAUCUGUGAUCAAUCAUUCGGUAUCCAUGUUGCCGAACUGGUCCGUUUCCCUGACAAGGUAGUCAACAUGGCUCGUCAGAAGGCAGAGGAACUGGAAGACUUUACUUCUGCCAGUACUGAUUCUGCAGAGAAGCAACAAGCUACACCUUCUCUUGACAAAUACUCCGCGGAGGAGGUGGAAGAGGGUAGUGCUCUCUUGAAGGAGAUGUUGUUGAAGUGGAAGGCAGAAAUUGAAGGCAAGGAUCUCUCAUCUGAUCAGAAGCGCCAGAUUAUGCGUGACCUGGUGAAUGCCGAUAGCAAGUUGCAAGCAAAUAAAGUAUUUCAGGGCAUCAAGACCUUGUAA